UCUAAUUUGAUUUUUUUUAUAGCAUAGUAUGAACUAAAAAGUCUUUCCAAAGUGAAAGCAGAAGAGGCGGUACUAGAGUUGAAGCAAGAAAAUAUCUUAGAGAUAAAAUGCAUGCAGUGGGAGUGAACGUCAUAGAAACUGCUACUCUUGGGAGACCCUUCCAGCUGGGGAUGCUGUAUGACUGCAGAAAAGAUGCCCUAGUACCAGGAAUCACACUAUGGGGUAAAGAGCAGCUUCAGCAGAGUAUACGCAGUCAUGCCCAAAUUAAUACAGAUUUCAAUGUCACAGCUUCAGACUCUAUUGAAGAAAAAUCUAAUUUACUGAACAUUGAUGGUUCUCUGAAAUUGAGUCUUUUAGGUGGACUUGUCAAUGUGAGAGGAGCAGCAAAAUAUCUCAGCGACACCAAGAAAUCCUUUAAACAGCAAAGACUGACCCUACAUUACCAUUCAACCACAAAGUUUGAAGAACUGACCAUGAACCACUUGGCUUCUGGAAAUAUAGUUCACUAUGAAGCGUUUGACAAUGAUGCAGCCACACAUGUGGUGACCGCUGUGCUGUAUGGGGCGAAUGCUUGCUUUGUUUUUGACAGAGAAGUUUCAUCAGAUGAGGACAAAACUACUAUUGAGGGUGAAGUAAAAGCUACAUUUGAUAAGCUGAAGGGCAUUUCACUGGGUGCAAAGAUUGAUCUGAACAUGAAUGACAAUCAGAAGACUGCCGUUCAAAAAUUCAGCUGUACGUUUUAUGGUGACUUUCAGUUGCCAUCUAAUCCAACCUCUUUUGAAGAUGCUUUGAAGAUUUUUGCUGAUCUUCCAAAACUGUUAGGAGAGAAGAGAGAGCUUGCAGUUCCAUUAAGAGUGUGGCUUUAUCCUUUAGAUAAACUACACACAAGUGCAGCAAAAGUUCAGAAAGACAUCAGCACAGGUCUAAUCAAAGCUGUGGAAUCAGUUUUUGAGAGUUUAAGUACAACCGAAAUGAAAUGUGGUGAUCUUCUGAAGGAGCCACCUGCUUUGGCAUUUGCAGCAUUUAAUGGUCAAAUAAUGCAGAUGAGGGAAAACUGUUGCAGCUAUAAGUUUAGUCUCAUGAAAAAACUUGGCUCUCUGUUGCCAGAAAUCCGUGGGGAUCAGAAAAAGGAAACCGAGUUAAAUGAUCUUCUGCGUGAUCAUAUGGAAUCUCCAUUCAGAGGUCAGGAUCUUGAACAAUGGGUGAAAGAGAAAGAAAAAGAAUCUGCCAUAGUUAAAACAUUGAUCAGACAACUGAAUGAUUACGGAGCAAAAGUGGAAGUGAAUCUAGAUGAAAUCUUGAUGGAUCUGGAAGUUAAACAUUUGGUUAGCUACACAUUCACAUCAUUUGAGGGUCCAGAUGUUCUCCUUUCUACACAGAAGGACUACUUGAGUCCAAAGGGGCAAAAGAAAGAGAGUGCACCCAGCGCCAAAUGGAUGACUAGGCUUUCCUCUGAUGCCAAAAAGAAUAUGAGCACCAACACGAUUAUAUUUAAAAACUUGAUCAAUUCAAAACAGCGUAAAACAGCCAAAUUUAUUGUCGCAUCAAAAGAAGUGAAAAAUAUUGCAGGUUCCUGCAUUCUCCUUUAUGAAAAUGGAUCUGAUGAAGACAUUUGCUUUACUCCUCCAUUAAAACCAGCCUGUCCAGUUGUUGAACAGAUCAAAGGUCACAGUGUAGUCUUGCAGGUACCUGCAGCAUGUCAAGCUACAGAAGAUCUCAGGUUAAUGUGUAAAAUAAAGAAAGAUAAAGACUGGAAAUCUCAACAUGUACAACAGAGCAAAGAAACAUUGACUCUGACCGAUCUAAGUCCAGACACAGAGUAUGAGAUUAAAUAUACAGCAGUUGGCAAACUGAACUACACCGUAGACAGUGAUGUCAUCCACAUCAGAGUCAUAGACAAGAAGCUCAUACGUGCCACAGAAUCUGUCUUAGAGAGUCUGACUUUGACUGAAAAAAAGUGCUGUGAACUUGUGGAUGACAGCAGAUCAAAAGUAUUCGGUGCAUUUAACAGAAAGAUUCAAGACAUGAUGAAACACUGUCAAACCUACAGACAAGACUUAAGUACCAGAAUUCAAUCCUUGAUCCACUCGAUUCAAGCUUGUGAAAAAGGCAUCUGUGAUUUGGAAGAUCUUCUACAAGCUCAUGAAGAAUCUCCAUUUCAAGGCACCGGUCUUACAGAGUGGAUCACUAUAAAAGAAAAAGAAUUAAAUGUAGUUUCUACAAUUUUUCAACAACUUCUGGACUCUGGAGAAGAGGAACAUAUUAACCUGGAUGAAAUUUUGUCAGAUAUUAAUGUGGAGAAUGUGUGUCUCGGACAUGGCUCCAAGGAACAGUCCCAGAAAAAAUGA